AUUGUUUUCAUCGACGAGAUCGACAAGCUUUGCGGCUCCUCCAGCGACCACCCGAGCACGUCCGUGACCACGGGCGGGAGCAGCAGCAGCAACAAAGGCGAGGGUGUCCAGCGCGAGCUCCUCACCCUCGUGGAAGGAUGCGCUGUCCCCACACGCUACGGCUCGAUUCGAACCGACUUUAUCCUCUUCAUCGCCUCGGGGGCCUUCCACAAUAAGAGCCCCUCCGACCUCCUCCCCGAGCUUCAAGGCCGUUUUCCUGUCCGGGUGACGCUUCAGCCAUUGAAGAAGGAGGAUUUGAUUCAAAUUUUGAGCACCAAGAAGUUCAACCUACUGGUCCAAACCGUCCAGCUACUCGCGACGGAAGGGGUGGAGGUGGAGUUCACGGACUGCGGCGUCGAGGCCAUGGCUGCUUUCGCCCAGCUGAUCAAUAGGACACAGCAAGACGUCGGGGCCCGGCGCUUGAACACUGUGAUGCAUCGGGUGCUGGAAGACCUGAGCUACGCCGCGCCAAGAAGGAGAGGGCAGAAAGUGGUGGUGGACGCGACCUUUGUGGAGAAUCGCUUGAAGGAGUUUGAUUUAACCAAACAAGAUAACUUGAGCCGGUAUAUUCUGUGAGAGAACAGAUAGAAGAGCAGUGUGAGAGGACCAGGAUGCCUCCAGGCAUGGCAGAGGCCUGAAAGAACACAAUAGCGUGCGAGAAAGA